GAUGCUGUGUCCAUCAUCCUUGGCCUGUAACGUUCUUGCCACUGCUGCUUAGUAACGAUCUGAACAAUAUCGCACAGUGGAAUCACACGAGUGACCGAAGCACGUGCCGAAGCAGAAGGUACUGACUGGAUUCAUGACGCAUUGAAGUCAUCUGUGUGAUGGGAUCUAUGCUUUCGUCACAGGUUGCAUCUUGACGAUGGUUCCUGAGGGACCUGAGCGCGCUCCCCUGCUCUCCGUUGCUCCCGAGAGGACGCCAAGCUUUCGCGAGAGGCUUCUGGCGAGAUGGCGGGCCAGCCUGGCCUACGUCUCUAUCGCCCUGAUGGUGGGGUCGUGGCUAUUGGGAGGCUACAUGCUCAAGUGGAUCCAAUCCGCCGGCUCGGAAGCGUCCUUCUCGAAGCCCUUCUUCAUCGCAUACGUCACCCAGGCGUCCUUCGCACUCCUCUACCCGUGCCGCUCAAUCGAGUCGACCAAAAGCGACGACAGAAGCCACCAUGCAUCCGCCCCUCCCCCUCUGGUCAAUCGCAUCAAGCAGGCGCUUGUUCUCGGCUGCAUGGUGGUGGCCUACCGGUCAAUGUGGGCGCUGUCACUUGCGAGCACGCCGGUAUCGGUCAACAGCGCCAUCUUCCAGACACAGGUGCUGUGGGUGUACCUGCUGUCGCUGCUGGUGCUGCGCGAGGCCUGCUCGUGGUUGAAGGGCCUCUGUGUGGUGGGCGGAUUCGUGGGCGUGCUGCUGAUGACGGUCUUUCACGACAACAGGGACGGCACUGUGCCGACAACGGUGCUGGGGUGUGUUGAGGUGCUGGCGUCGGCAUGCGUCUACUCAUCGUAUGCAGGUGGGUGUGUGUGAAUCUUGUCUGCGCACAAAGCAAUCAAGGAGUGAAUGGUGUUUUGGGUUUGUGGUUGGUUGGUUGGUGCAGUGCUGAUGAAGAAAUGGGUGGUGCGAGGGUCGACACUAGAGCUGGUGGCCUUCCAGGGCUUCUUCAUGAUGCUCGUCUGCUGGCCCGUGUUCAUAGUGCUGCACCUCACCAACAUCGAGCCAUUCCAACUCCCCACCGGCCUCAACCUGCUGGUCGUGCUGGCGCUCACCAUUGAGGCAAUUCUGUACUACGUCUUCUUCGCGCUAGCCUUGCGGUUCGGCAACGCGGUGCUUGUGGCCCUGUCGCAGAUGGUCAUCCUGCCGCUGACGGCCUUCCUUGACUACCUCAUCUACGGCUAUCUGAUGGACGCGGCCUCCAUGUGUGGAGCGGUGUGCAUACUGGCAGCCUUCUCUAUCAUGACAUGGGCCGACCUCCGGGAGGGCGACCGGCGGGGGGGCGGAGCUGUGCAUCACGAGGGUGGGAGCGACCUUGACACGACCGUCAGCGGCUGCUCUCCGAGGGAAGAUUCGUCGCCCGCAUGAGGGUAGCUGUGGUCUGUCUGGUGACUGUUGUGAGCGAGCGACUGGUGUAGAGAGUGUCUGGCUAAGUUGUACAGGAGCGUGAGCGGCUGUGCAGUGUAAUGUGUAAUGCGAAAGAGGUCAUGCAUACGGCAGCCAGCCCUGAGAGUGCACGGAUGCCUGAUUUGUCAUUGGUUCGUGUGCAUGGUCAGCAAGGAAUCGUCUCAGCUCGAUGACGCUUUUGUACAUAAUCGUCGCUAUGGUUUCCGC